AUGAUGCAAAAGUGCAAGGAACAACCAUUUGUGCCUAUUGGGUCAUUGCUCACUGCUGGUGCGGUGAUUCUUGCUGCUCGUUCAAUGAAGCGUGGUGAGAAAUUGAAAACGCAAAAGUACUUUCGUUAUCGUAUCGGCUUUCAGUUAGCAACCUUGAUUGCUUUGGUUGCCGGUGGUGUCACAUUGGGCCAGUCAUCUUUAGAACAGAAGAAAACCAAAGAAGAUCAAUUGAGAGAAAAGGCCAAAUUGAGAGAGAAGUUAUGGGUAGAGGAAUUGGAAAGAAGAGACGCCAUCAUUCAAGCUAGAAAGCAAAGAUUGGAAGAGUCAAAAAAGGAGUUGCGUGACUUGGCAAAGCAAGGAUUUGAAGAUGAAAGAGAAGUAGAUCAAGGAAAGAAGUAG